AUGUGUCGCUUUCUCUAGCUACAGUGCAAACGCAUAGCUGCGACUAACCACUUCUACUCUGUGAACUCGAUCGUAUAGCUUUGGUGUGUAAAUUGUGAUCAAUAUGGCUGAAAAUAACUACAGUCAGCGAGGAGGAGGACGUGGAGGUUACCACCGUGCUCGCGGUAAUGUCGGCGGAAGUAACGGUCAUCGAAAUGGAAACGGUAGUUAUCAAAACGGUGGAAAUGGACACAGUAGUUAUCAAAACGGUGGUCAGUGGCGAAAUGGGGGUGGUCGUGAUUUUAGGGAAACAAAUGGUAAUCGGAACUGGGAGGAUUCCAACGGAAAUGCUAGGCAUAGUGAAUGGGGAAAGUCCAACGGAAAUACAAGGAAUAGUGAAUGGGGAAAUUCCAACGGAAAUACAAGGAAUAGUGAAUGGGGAAAUUCCAACGGUAGUUCAAAUAACAGGCAUUAUGAAUCGUCGAAUGGUGGUGUAAGGAACAAGACCUGGGAAAAUUCGAGCAGAGGUUAUAUGAAUAGAGAUUGGGAUGGUUCGAAUGGGAGUGCAAGAAACAGGAAUUGGGAGCAUUCCAGCGGGAGUGCGAAGCACAGUGAUUGGGAGAAUUCUAAUGGUGGCGUAAGAAGUAGGCAAUGGGACAACUCGAAUGGAUCCACAAGGGGUAGGAACUAUGAUAAUUCAAACGGGGGAGCAAGAAAUAGGAACUGGCAGGGUUCAAAUAACAGGAACUGGCAAAAUUCAAACGGAGAUGCAACACAUAACAAGGGAGAGUACUCGAACGGUAUUGUGGAGAAGGAAGUUGUCAAUGAUGAAGGUGCCAAGAACCAAGAAAAUAAAACUUACAGUCGCAAUAGCCCUGUACAAACUGAUGAUGUUUCAGAAGAGAAACAACAGCUCGAACAGAACAAAUGUGUUAUAGGAUCAAAUGAUAGAUUGCAGACGCAAAAAAUGCCUCUUGGAUCUGCCAGAGGUGGUAUGCGAGGAAAUCGAGCAAUUGCCGAAGUCAUUCGUACUCGCGCAAUAGACGAAACGGCUUCCAAGCAAGGCACUAGUGGAAAGCAGAUAAUGCUGCAGACAAACUAUUUCCGAGUAGCAAGACAUGACCAUGAAAGCAUUUUCCAGUACCGAGUGGAUUUCAAUCCUACUGUCGAAAGCAGCAGGUUGAUGCGAUCCUUGGUAUUUGGAUUGAAGAAAACGAUGGGCGACAACAUAUUUGAUGGCACACAGAUUUUUACACGUCACAAAUUCCGGAGUGAUGAAGUGGAAAUCACGACGAAGGACACCACUACGAAUCAGGAGUACAUCGUUAAGUUAAGACUUGUUGGUGUGAUUGACGGAACUAGUGAGAUGGCACUGAUGAUCUUCAACUUGAUCAAUCGCAAGGCAAUGGGUGGAUUGAAACUGCAGUUGAUCGGGCGAAACUUCUUCGAUCCAGCUGCGAAGGUAUCUGUCAGCCAAUAUGGACUUGAGCUGUACCCCGGUUAUAUGACAAGCAUCAGACAGCACGAGACGGAUAUAUUGAUGUGCGCUGAACUAACACAUCGUGUCAUGCGAACGGAUACUUGUUACAUGUUGCUGAAGCAGUGCAUGAACCAUGGAGGUAACUGGAAAGAUAACUUCAAGCGAAUGAUACUUGGAUCGGUUGUGAUGGCCACCUACGGGAAGAAUCGGACCUACACGAUCAAUGACGUUGAGUUCAACACUACGGCUGAGAGCAGCUUCCAGACUUCGAAUGGCCAAGUUACGUUUUUGCAAUACUUCAAGGACCGCUACAAUAUCGCAAUCAAAGAUCCAAGGCAGCCUAUGCUUGUGUCUCGGGCCAAGUCUAGAGAUAUCCGAGCUGGGUUACCCGAACUGAUAUAUUUGGUGCCUGAGCUUGUGCGUGCUACAGGUAUCACUGAUGAUAUGCGACGGAAUUUUAAUUUAAUGCGCACCCUUGCUGAUCAUACACGCCUAACUCCCGACAGGCGUAUCGAACGCCUUGAAGUGUUCAAUCGCCGGCUGCAGGACUCAAAAGAGAGUGCAGAGGUAUUCCAAUUCUGGAAAACUGAGCUCGAUCGACGAUUGGUUGAAGUUCCCGCAAGAGUUCUGCAACCGGAGACGAUAUUUUUCCACCCAGAGCAAACCAACUAUGCGGUCAUGGCAGGAGAAACUGCCGAAUGGCAAAUGGCUUUCCGUAACAAUCCUAUGUAUCACUCGGUUGCACUAACCAAGUGGUUCGCAAUCGUUCCCAAGGGAUCGGAACGACUGAUUACCGACUUCAUGCAAUGUCUUCGGCAAGCAGCUCGUGGAAUGCGUUUCCAAAUUGAAGAACCCCAGAUAGUUAUAAUUCCCAACGAUUCUCCAGCCGUCUACAUCGAUAGCUUGAACUCGGUCGUUCAGCGGGACCCACAACUGAUCAUGUGCCUGGUUACGAAUGAUAAGGCCGAUCGGUACGCUGCCAUCAAGAAAAAGUGCUGUGUCGAUCGUGCAGUGGCAACGCAAGUCCUCAAAACACGCACAAUUACACCUAAAGGCGGCAAUGUUCGGACUUUGAUGUCCGUGGCGACGAAAGUUGCUAUUCAAGUCAACUGCAAAUUGGGUGGCAUCCCUUGGAUCUUGAAAAAUCCCCUGAGUUCCGUUAUGGUAAUUGGUUUUGACGUUUGCCAUGACACUCGAGAUAAGUCGAAAUCGUACGGAGCAUUGGUGGCGUCGAUGUACGGAGCAGGAUGUAGACAUCCGAAGUAUUUCUCCACGGUCAACCACCACUCCAGCGGAGAAGAACUUUCAAACUUCAUGGCCCAGAAUAUUAUUAAAGCACUGCAUUCGUAUAGAGCGGACUUCGGAAACAAACUUCCUGAUCGUAUCAUCGUCUACCGAGAUGGAGUCGGGGAAGGACAACUGAAGUACGUCUACGAACAUGAAGUGAAUUCGAUCAGAGAGAAACUACAGCUCGCCUGUAAGGGACAACCGGAAGCUUCAAAACUAACAUUCAUCGUUGUCAGCAAAAGAAUCAACACUAGGCUGUUCCAUCAGAAACAGAACCCUGCACCGGGUACGAUCGUGGAUGACGUUAUUACUCUUCCAGAAAGGAACGAUUUCUACCUCGUGUCGCAAAGUGUCCGACAGGGUACGGUUUCACCCACAAGCUACAACGUUCUCAAGGACGAAUCUGGACUCAGUGCUGACCGACUGCAGAUGUACACAUUCAAACAAACGCAUCUGUACUACAACUGGUCCGGUACGGUGGGAGUUCCGGCAGUUUGUCAGUAUGCCCACAAGCUGGCCGCUCUGGCCGGACAGCACUUGCAUCAAGCGCCCAGUAGCAUGCUGGAGAAGAAACUGUAUUAUUUGUAACGAUCAGGAUGUAUUUGUAUGUAUGUUCAUGUAAAUUUAUGUAAAAUAAAUAUAUGUGUCUAGUAAAUCAACAA